AUGCCGCUUGAUGAGGGCCCUGUGGGGAGGACCCUUCACUACUCCUCAAUGAUCCCGGCGAGCGGGGAGCCGUCCGUACGCGCUGAGGACAUUCAACAAGUGCUGCGGGAUGAGGUGGCUCUGUUGCCAGGAUGCCGCGAUCGACAGGGCCAUCCACUGAUUGUCUUCCCAUCGCGGGACGUCACGGUCAACCCCGACCAUGUCCGAAGUGUUCUUCUCUAUUUGUGCGAAGUCUGCGCGGAAGAGGCGAAGGGGCGUGGUUUCAUCAUCGUCAUCGACAUGAGGGGCAAGCAGACGUGGACCAACGUGAGGCCGAUGCUCAAGGCGAUUAAUUCGCUGAUCGAUGAGGGCGGGGCGCUGGCCGGCGUGUUCCUCAUCAACCCCGACAAGCUGGGCGAGAAGCUCAAGACCCAGAUUUCGGCCGGCUUCUGCAAGUUUGAGGUGCAAAAAGUGGGAGUCGACACGCUGCCCAAAUACUUUGAGGGCACCCAGUUGAUACGGGAAUUUGGUGGUUCAUUUCCCUAUGACCAUGCCGAGUGGUUGGAUACGAGAUUGGAAUUGGAGAGGUGGAUAGCCAACAUUAUCGAUGAGAUGCGGAAGCUGGAAGCCCAAAGAAAGCAAAUCACCGACGCUGAGUCUCCAGUCGAUGUGCCGACCGCACAAGCGGCCAUCGAACGUCAUGGUGCCAUCAAGAAGGGCAUUCUCGCCGUCCCCAUCGAGGCCAUACAACAAAAAGCGCAACGAGUACAAGACCGUAUUCUUCGCCCCGGCCGGCCAGCCAAUCCCGACCUCGAGGCCGCGCUGCCGAACCUCACCAACCUCGUCCACUCGCUGCAACAGCUCAAGGCUGACGUCUACAAGAUGUGGGAAAAUCGACGAAUCGAGCUGGAGACGCUCGUCCAGUUGAAGCUGUUCGAACGGGAUGCCGAUCAGAUUCUGAGCUGGAUACGCGAGGAAAGCCAGGCAUUGAUGAGGAAGAUGGGAGAUGUCGGCACGAAUGAGAGCGAGGCGAGGGAGAGAUGGAAACGCUUUGAGGAACAUGCCAAAAGCAUCGAAACCCGUGACGAUGUCCGUAAGAAUAUCGGUGCCCUGGCGGCCCGCGUCUGCUCAACCAUCGUCCCCACCAUGAAGAACAGGGUCGAGGCAACGGCGCAAAAGAUUGCCGACGAGUGGAAGCUCCUCCUCCAACUUCAUGCAAAUCGAAAGAUCCUUAUCCAAUUCUCCAUCGACUUCUACCAGGCCACCCAGGCGUACCUUCUCGAAUUGCCGAAUUGGCUGGGCAACCCGGGCGUCGAUCCGGACACCAUCGACGCCCGGUCCAGUGAACGGCUCGAUGAGGCUAUUGAGGUGCAUCGACGGUUCUGGGGACGUGUGGAGGAGAUCUACGUCGUCGCCGUCAACCAGGCGUCGAUGCUGACGCAGGCGCAAAAAAGUGCCCAGCUCCCGGACCGAGAACUGGCUGCCGGUAUCCCGAAGACGCAGAUGACCACGGUGCAGAGGGAGCAUAAGAAGCUGCACGAGGUGUGGAAGGAUCGUGAGAUCCGUCUCACAGCCAUGCUUGCCGUCCUCGUCUUUCAGGCCGACUACCAGUCGAUCGUCCGCUGGCUCGAGCAGUACGGCGAGCCCUUUCUUGCUCGUAACGUUUCAAUCGGGGAUAGCCGCGACGCAGCCGUGGUGCUCUACGACCACUUCAAGCAGUUCCAGGCGGCCGCCCAGAACCAGUACGCCAACGCCGAGAAGCUGGCGGCAACGAGCGAGGAAAUUGUGCACCGGAUAGGAGGGAGCGAUGCGCAGCAAACGCACACCCUCGCCUCCGAAUUGGCCCGGAAAAUUGAUCGAUUUAAGGGACGGGCUCAGGAACGAUCGAAAUUGUUGAUGAACUCGGUGCUGUUCCACACCCACUACGAAGAGCUGACCAGCUGGUACAGCGAGGUGAACCUGAAAUUCCAAGGCUUGCGCUUCGACGCCGACGUCGAGGAGUGCGAGCGGCAGAAGCAGCAGUGCGUCAAGGAGAAUGAGAGUACCACCGAGGCCUACUCGACGAUCAUCUCCGAAGGCGAAAACCUCAUCGCCAUCCUGCAGCGUCACGGCGACCGGAAUGAUGCAAAUUACGCGGUUUCGAUCAAUGCCGUCAACCGGUUGAUGGGGGAUAUUGUCCGGCUCAACCAGCUCUACACGGAACAGUGGCAACACCGGCGCACCUUCUUCCAGGCUAACCUCAAAUAUGCUAAUUUCCUGAGUGACGCCACCGAGAUUUUGCAUCAAAUCCAGAAUUGGGAAGAGGACAUGCAAAAGAUGGUCGACACGCCCACGUUUAUCCAGAACGCCGAAAAGGUCGAACCCUUCCACCGUGAGAACAUCGUGCAAGUGCGGAAAGCGGUGAAAAAGCUCUUCGCCGAUGCGACGGAGUUGAACCACGCGCUGCAGACGCAGUUGGCCGGCCGAGAAUUGCGCACUAAGGAGAACGCGAUUGUGUACGACGUCAUCACUCAGGUGCAGCAGGGAUUGAGAGUUGGAGAGGCGCAGGUGAUGCGAGUGGCGCGUGAGACGGAGCAACGGAUAGAAGCCGUCAAGAACUACAAUAAAUGCCUCGUCAUCGCCAACCACAUUAUUCAUAUCUUCCAAGAAGCGGCACGUCGUCUCGAGCCCGCCCCACUCCCAAUCGACUACAACGAGACGCAGAACAUGGCGCAGCAAAACGACCAGAAGCGCCAGUGCACCGAGGCCGAGACGAACAUGCUGGCCGAGCAGUUUGGCGCCCUAUACGAAGGACUACUCCGCACACCCCUCCUCGAGCGGAAUAUGGUCGUUGGCCUGAACGAGGCGGUCCUCGCCAGUUCGCGCAACUACGGCGCGGCUGUGGAGGAGCGCAGCAAGCUGCUCAAGUCGGCCGCUCAGUACUUCCGCGCCUUUCAACACGGCAUCUGGCCGACGCUGGAGGAGCUGAGACAGGACUAUACGAAGGCAGAGCAUCAGGAUCUUUGCCUCGAAUUCGCGCGCGAGGCACCGCCCAUUCGUGCCGAGCGCAUGGCCGCACUUAUGACGAAGCACGUCGCGCAUAAGGACAAGUUCUUGAAGGGCUGCACCUACGCGCACAAGACCGCCGAUGUCCUCCUGAAGUACAUUGACCGCAUGCCGGCACACCGCAUCUCCAACGCGGUUGCGAGGCUUCGACAGCAGGAGGCCGAGGUUCGACGUGACAAGGAGGAGCUACAGGUGCGCCAGAGUUUGCUGCUGGAACUGUGGGCGCGGAAGAAGAAGCAGCUCGACAGAUGCCAGCGCUACGUCCUCAUCGACGCCCACCGCGCCGAGCUGGUCGACUGGUUCAACGGCGAGGCCGAGGCGACGCUGAGCAGAUUCACCCGUCACGCCCAGGCUCAGCUGUCCGAGCCGGAACGGGCCCAGAUCUACAACGAGUUCCGCGGGUGGAAGAUGGACGUGAAGACCAAGCGGACCGAGAUCCAGACAAUGAUCAGACUCGGUGAUGAGGUGAUUGCUGGCGAUGAGCACUAUCCGCUUCACGUCGACGACGUCAGGAGGUGUCAACAGGAACUGCGACAACGUUUUGAUGAAUUCUCGAGGCGCGUCACCAGCUGCGAGGCGUCGUUGAUCGGCAACGGCAAGAUGGGCCCGAAGGACGAACUGUCGCUUGAUCGACUGUCCGAUUCGAACGUCGAGAACAAACUGCCCCCCCGAGCCGUUGAUGAUAAGAUCAGGGAACCGAUGCGCGAGUUGAUCCAGACGGAGCGCGACUACGUGGAGGCGUUGCAGCGAUGUUGCCAGGUGUACAUCGCCGAGUACGACAGUGCCUCUGCGUCGCUGACCUUGCCCGAGGCGCUGAAGGACCAGCGCCACAACAUUUUCGCCAACAUCGAGAUGAUCAGCGCAUUCCAUGCCGAAAAGUUCCUGCAAGACAUCGUCAAGUACGAGGAUGACCCCGAGCAGGUCGGCUCGUGCUUCAUCGUCUACGUGAACACGAUUGCCGAGUACUACACGGAGUACUGCCUCAACAAGCACCUCCACAAUCACCUGCUCGACCUGCCCGAGGUCAAGCAAUUCUUCAAGACAGCACAAGACCGUUACCGUCUGGAUAUCAAGGAUGAUCUUGGCUCGCUUCUGAUAAAACCAGUGCAAAGGAUCACACGCUACCACUUAGUGUUGGAUCAGUUGAUCAAGCACUACAAAGGGAGUGCUGAAGAUUUUAAGGAGGCAGAUGAGAUUGUCGUUGGCGUCACCCGUCGCGCAAACGACCUGAUGAACCUGAGCUGCUUGGAGAAGAAGGAAAUCCUGGACCACGUGGGACCGUUCGUCAUGCAGGACGCGCUGACCGUCUGGGAGUCGGGCACGAAAUACUUCAAGGGGAAGGGCAAGGAGCGCCAGGUGUUCCUCUUCGAGCUUGCCUUCAUUUUCGCGAAGAAAAUCGAAAAAGCGGAGUCUCGCGAUGGGAAGCUGCGCUUUUUCAUCAAAGGAAAGCCGAUCCCGCUGAACGAAGUGACGGUAGUAGAGCAUGUAGACGUCGACCCGAAUCGCUUUGCCCUGCGUAUCGGCUCCGCUCACAGUAACGACAACCGCAUCGACUUCAGGGCCGCUAAUGCAGACAUAAAGAACACCUGGGUGAGAAGAAUUCGAGAGCUCCGGCAAGGUCUUUACAAUCCAUUGUUCGCCGGCGACGGUUUCUCGACACCACGCAGCACUAUGAGCGUCUCAUCGAGAGCCUCAGGUGAAUACCGUAACAGUCGUGACGCCGAAAGCCUCGGUUCGGCUGGGGAUCCAUCUCUCGAGCCAACAACAAGUGAACAGGAUUCCGAGAGUGUCGGCUCUGGAGAGAAGCGGUUCAGCGUGCAGAGCACCAGCAGCAUCGAGGAAAAGAACGCUGAAGACGCCCGGCAUUCACGGAUUCAACUCCGGCAGCUAGCCACAAUCGCGACGACCGAGACUCGCCAAGAAAUGCCGAAACUCAACGGUCUCCGGAUAACCGACGCUUCCAAUGGUCGCCCCGGCGGAAAAUCC